UUAAUGGUGCUCUUAGUUCUUAAAUUCAAAGGUUUGAAUUUCCAUAUUUUUUGUUCAAUACGUUAGCUAGAUAUAUAUAUCUCUUCGUUAGUCUCCGAUUCUCGACGCGUUUCGGCGCUAGUCUUCUAGAUAUCUACCUUCCUUCUUUCACGCCUAUAUAAGUCUCUUAUCGAUUCGGCAACUCCUUCAGACAGCGUCGUUUAAAUGGCGCAACAAUCGUUGAUCUAUAGCUUCGUCGCUAGAGGCACUGUGAUCCUCGUGGACUUCACUGAUUUCAAAGGCAACUUCACGUCCAUCGCUGCACAGUGCCUCCAAAAGCUUCCUUCCUCAAACAACAAGGUCAUCUACAACUGCGAUGGUCAUACCUUCAAUUACCUCGUCGAAAAUGGUUUCACUUACUGUGUUGUUGCAGUUGAUUCUGCUGGGAGGGAGAUUCCUAUGGCCUUCUUGGAACGAGUUAAGGAAGAUUUCAACAGGAGAUACGGUGGUGGAAAGGCUGCAACUGCUCAACCAAACAGCUUGAAUAAAGAAUUUGGGUCGAAACUGAAAGAGCACAUGCAGUACUGCAUGGAUCAUCCUGAUGAGAUUAGCAAGCUUGCUAAGGUGAAAGCUCAAGUGUCUGAAGUUAGAGGUGUCUUGAUAGAAAACAUUGACAAGCUUUAUGACCGUGGUGUGAAAAUUGAAAUUUUGGUGGAAAAAACCGCAGACCUUCGUUCACAGGCGGACGUUUACAGAACACAAGGAGAUCAAAUUAAAAAAAAGAUGUGGUUUCAGAACAUGAAGAUUAAACUCAUUUUCCUUGCAAUCAUCAUUGCCUUGAUCCUCAUCAUCAUCCUCUCAGUUUGUGGUGGCUUCAACUGUUGAAAAUAAUUCUUGAACAUUUCUUCGCCCUCGUUUCUAUAUGUUCGUUGUACUGCCUUUUUUUGUGGUUU